AUGGUCAACAUCAGUGAGGUCCGGGGUAACUCCCGUGAGACCAGAACCGCGGCGCAUACUCAUAUCAAGGGCCUUGGUCUCCGUUCCGAUGGAACAUCUGAAAAGGUCGCAGGAGGGUUCGUAGGGCAAGAAAAGGCCCGAGAGGCACUAGGCAUCGUUGUCGAUCUCAUUAAAUCGAAAAGCAUGGCCGGAAACGCCGUUCUCCUCGCCGGUGGACCUGGAACCGGAAAAACUGCACUCGCGUUAGCAGUCUCACAAGAACUUGGAACCAAAGUCCCUUUCAGACCGAUAGUUGGCAGCGAAAUCUUUUCGACAGAGGUCAAGAAGACAGAAGCUUUGAUGGAGAACUUUAGACGAGCGAUUGGAUUACGAGUUAGGGAAACGAAGGAGGUUUACGAGGGAGAAGUCACAGAGUUGACACCAGAGGAGGCUGACAAUCCGUUGGGAGGAUACGGCAAGACCAUUUCGAGCGUGAUUGUGGGACUGAAAUCCGCGCGAGGAACAAAGAGGUUGAGGCUGGACCCCUCCGUCUUCGAAAGCGUUCAGAAGGAAAGAGUCGCCGUAGGAGAUGUUGUUUACAUUGAAGCAAACACUGGGGCGGUGAAGAGGGUCGGGAGAUCCGACGCAUAUGCCACUGAAUACGAUCUAGAGGCCGAAGAAUACGUUCCGAUUCCUAAAGGAGAGGUUCACAAGAAAAAGGAAAUCGUACAAGAUGUUACUUUGCAUGAUCUCGAUGUUGCCAAUGCGAGGCCACAAGGCGGACAGGACAUUAUGAGCAUGAUGGGCCAAUUGAUGAAGCCGAAGAAGACAGAAAUCACAGACAAGUUACGGCAGGAAAUUAACAAGGUAGUUAACAAAUACAUCGACCAGGGCAUUGCGGAACUCGUUCCUGGCGUUCUCUUUAUUGAUGAGGUCCACAUGCUUGAUAUUGAGUGCUUUACGUACCUCAACCGUGCCCUUGAAUCGUCGAUUUCGCCUAUCGUCAUCCUCGCUUCCAAUAGAGGCAUGUCUAACAUUCGCGGCACGGAAGACAUCGUAUCCGCCCACGGGAUCCCACCAGAUCUGUUAGAUCGUUUGCUCAUCAUCCAAACUUUGCCCUACAACGCCGAGGAAAUCAAGACAAUUAUCAAAUUGAGAGCUAAGACCGAAGGAAUCAACAUAUCUGACGCGGCUCUCGAGAUCAUUUCACAACAUGGCGUUAACUCCAGCUUGAGGUAUGCUCUACAGCUGCUCACACCAGCAUGGAUUCUGGCCAAGGUCGCCAGUAAGCAAGAAGUCACGGAACUUGAAGUGCAGGAAUGCGAAGAUCUCUUCAUCGACGUGAAACGCAGCGCUAAAAUCGUUGCCGGCGCGCAACCGAACAGCUUUAUCUCUUGA